AUGUCCGGCGCGGAGGAGGCCGGCGGGGGCGGCCCGGCCUCGGGGCCAGCGGGUGCGGUGCCGGCCGGGGUCGGGGUCGGGGUCGGAGCUGGGGCCGGGGCGGCAGCGGGGCCGGCGGCGGCGGCGGCUCUGGGCGAGGCGGCGGGGCCCGGGCUCCCGGACGAAGCGGGCCUGGCCGGCGCCCGGCAGCUGCAGCUGCAGGAGGCGGCGGGCGACCCUGACGCGCCGCCCAAGAAGCGGCUGCGGGCGGCCGAGGCGGCCGAGGCGGCGGCGGCGGCGGCGGCCGGCAGCGGGAAGCUGGAGGAGCGGCUCUACUCGGUGCUGUGCUGCACCGUGUGCCUGGACCUGCCCAAGGCCUCCGUGUACCAGUGUACUAACGGUCACUUGAUGUGCGCUGGCUGUUUUAUCCACCUACUAGCAGAUGCCCGGCUGAAGGAGGAGCAGGCCACGUGCCCCAACUGUCGUUGUGAGAUCAGUAAGAGCCUCUGCUGCCGGAACCUGGCCGUGGAGAAAGCCGUGAGCGAGCUGCCCUCAGAGUGUGGCUUCUGCCUGCGCCAGUUUCCCCGCUCCCUCCUGGAGAGGCACCAGAAGGAGGAGUGCCAGGACAGGGUGACCCAGUGCAAAUACAAGCGCAUUGGCUGUCCAUGGCACGGCCCCUUCCAUGAGCUGACAGUACAUGAGGCUGCGUGUGCCCACCCCACCAAGACGGGCAACGAGCUGAUGGAGAUCCUGGACGAGAUGGACCAGAGCCACCGCAAGGAGAUGCAGCUCUACAACAGCAUCUUCAGCCUGCUCAGCUUUGAGAAAAUCGGCUACACAGAGGUCCAGUUCCGGCCGUACCGCACAGAUGACUUCAUCACGCGCCUGUAUUAUGAGACACCAAGGUUCACGGUGCUGAACCAGACGUGGGUCCUAAAGGCUCGUGUGAACGACUCAGAGCGCAACCCCAACCUGUCGUGUAAGCGCACGCUCUCCUUCCAGCUUCUCCUCAAGAGCAAGGUCACGGCGCCCCUGGAGUGCUCCUUCCUGCUGCUCAAGGGCCCCUACGAUGACGUGAGGAUCAGUCCCGUGAUCUACCACUUUGUCUUCACCAAUGAGAGCAACGAGACGGACUACGUGCCUCUGCCCAUCAUCGACUCUGUGGAGUGCAACAAGCUGCUGGCUGCGAAGAAUAUCAACCUGCGGCUCUUCCUAUUCCAGAUACAGAAGUAGGGUGGGGCCCUAGGACGCCCAAGAAGCAGACGGGCCACCCCAGCUCAGCAGCACUUCACACGACUAUCUGAUCAUUUCAACAGAGGAGACGGACAAACCAAACACACUGGGAAAGUCUGCAUGCGUGUGUAACGGGGUCCCCGCCUCCGGCUCACCUUCUCUACCCCUGCCUUCCCUCCUCCUGAGGGCAGCCAGAGGCUGGGCUGACCCCCAGAGGAGACAGCGCACUGAGCACCCUGAGGUUCAGAGACGGUGGCGGUGAGGAGGGCAAGAAGCGCAGCAACCCCUGCCCCCAGCUCCCUUAUGCGCAGCUAGGUGGUGCUGCCUGCUCUGGUUCUGUGCUCGGUUCCCCGCCGGGCUCUGGGAGCCUCGCUAACUUCAGACAGCAUAUUUGAUUGCAAUU